GAGGUUGGGGCUGGAGCUCAAGGGACGCAUAGAUCACAUCCGGGGCUGGUUUAUUCUAAUACCGAAGCUUUCAACCCGGAAAAAAAAGUCAAGUCUUCUGUAGCCCGACCACACAAACAAAUAGAAGAUCGCGUGAGGGCGUCGCGCGCGCCGGUUCUUUAUUAAGUCCGCUGGAUGUAAAAGUUGUUGGAAAAGUUCCUCCGAGGAUGAUCGCGGGCGCCGACGCGGACUCUGCGCUCUCCGCUUGGUUUCGGGGCGCUGGCCGUGGCGCACUCUGACUCUCCACAACGGUGAUUAUGUGAUAGUGGCAGCGAUGCCGUAUCUGGACCGCUUUAACCGUGUGUGCGGCUUCCUGGACAUCGAGGAGAAGGAGAACAGCAGCCGCUUCCAGAGGCGAUACUUCAUCCUCAACACGCAGGAGAAUGUCCUGCAGUGGUACAUGGACAAUCCCCAGAACCUGGCCAGUGGAGCCAGCUAUGUGGGCAGCCUGAGAUUAACCUACAUCUCUAAGGUGAGCGAAACCACUGCGAAGCAAAAGCCGAAGACCGAGUUCUGCUUCGUCAUAAAUGCAGUCUCACGGCGGUACUUCCUCCAAGCCAACGAUGCAGACGACAUGAGGGACUGGGUGAAGGCCCUCAACAAGGCCACCAAGAUCACCGUUCCUAAAUCCUGCCCUGCGCCUCCCAAAUCUGACGUGAACGCUGUGAUCAGUGACUCUCAAGGAAACAGGAAACAACAGGCCUACAAGACAGAGAUCAUUGGCGGCGUGGUGGUUCAUACUCCGAUCCAGAAUGAAACUGAAGAGACGGAAGGGAGGGAGAAGAAGGGAAACAGGCCUGGUGUGCUAAGAUGUGGUUUCUGCGUCAAACAAGGAAAUGUGAGGAAGAGCUGGAAGAGGCGUUUUUUCACGCUGGAUGACAACACAGUCAGCUACUACAAGACCGACACGGACAAGGAGCCUCUCCGAGGUAUUCUGCUCAGAGACAUCCAGAAGGUCCACGAAUGUCUCGUCAAGUCAGGGGACCUCCUUCUUAGAGACAAUCUUUUUGAGAUCAUCACCAACUCCCGAACUUUCUACAUCCAGACAGACACACCGGAAGAAAUGCAUGGUUGGAUCAGGGAUAUCGAUAUGAAAAUUCGGGAAUUCAGAGGACCCCCACGGGGAUAUCCGUUUAAACGGGGAUCUUCUCUCCAUCAAAAACACAAUGCCAGCAGCGCCUGUUGUCAGCAGACCAGCGAGACGCGCCCCCAGCUGAUUAAGUCCUGCUCCGUGGCUCCGGGCUGGCAGCCGUGGACGCCCGUUCCUCCGGGGGAGCCCUCCAUCAUAGACAUGGAGGAUGAAGACAGCCCCUUCAGCCCUGCUCCCACUGUGCCCUCCCUGUCCUCCUCGUCCACCUCCUCAUCCACCUCCUCCUCCUCCAACUCCCUGUCCACCCCAACCCCGUGCCCCAGCGCGCCCCAGGUGCCUUCGAGCAGUGGGCUGGGGAUUCUUACAGCGUCGGCCGACGCUGCAAGCGGGCGCAGACGGCACCGCUCCCAGCCUCAACCUCACUCCGCCUUUCCCUUCAGCUUGGAUGACGACGGCAUCCGCACAACAGACGUCUAACUCGAAGCGGUCUGUGCAGACUCCUGUGUGGACUAAAGUGUUGGUACUUAUUUUAUUUUUCGUUUAGUGAUGAAUGUGACUGGCAAUGGUAGUAUUCCUUGCUAAUGAAGAGACUGUGUCCGUGGCAUGAGAAUGAGGGCCCCCUGCUGGGGAUGUUACUGCUUUGCAGAUGAAGGAUGCACCCAGCUGGAUGAAGGACAGGAACUGUCUUUAUUAGUCCAAGGACUGUGAAAAAGAGUGAUGGAGUGUUUUAGCGCAAUUUUCCUCUGAAAACUUGAAUAAUCUUGUUUGUUUUUCCUUUCUGAAACGUAAAAAAAAUGGCGGCACAUGUUGUCGGACUUCUGCACUUAACAUCAAAUUUGUGUACCCGUUACUAGGACUGUGUUCAAGCAUAAUGUUUAAAGGAAUUUUAACACUUUUUAUUCAAACUUCACAAAAUAUAUUUUCUAACUUCUUUCCACGUUUUCUUUUCCAUCCAUGCCCAACAGUGUUUUUUUUCCCCCCCAGUCAUUCAUUCCUGAGACACACAUCAUGAAGAAACCAUUACAUCAUCAGCGUAUAAUCACAUUUUACACGUAUAAUCAAAAACCUUUGUAUUUCUAACAUCUUUCCUGCAUUUUUGUUUAGUUUUUUCAAACUCUGCUUAAAGAUCAACUGUCAGGUAACUGUGAGUCCAUUUGAAGGUUCAACCUCGGUACCAUGAAAAUGCUGCAGUGUUACGGUGGUACUUGUUGAAAAAAAAAUAAACACCUGCCGGUAUCAUGAUUGAGUCAGCUGCUUCGGAAAUGUAAAUGUGAUUGUCGUUUAGCAGCAUUAUGUGGGACGUUUUUGCCACUACUUUUGGUAAUUGAACUGUAAUUCUGCACUUUGCAUUUUGUAUUUGUCCGCGCGUCUGUGUGUGUGAGUUGUGUGCUUUUUUUUUUUUUUUUAAAUAGUUUUUAUCUGAUCUUUCACAGUGGUUAAAGAUAACUUCGUCACAUGCUUGGUGUAGCUACACAAGCUUGUGUCGGGACUUCAUUGAUGUGGUACCAUGUUCAUUCUUGUUUGCAUUUGCUGAAGCUGUGUGCACUUAUCUGCCUGCGUGUCAUGGUAAUUCUUUCUUGUAUAUUAAAUAAUGCUUUGUAUUUCUCUU